AUGGCGAGUCGCAAGACGGACGAAGAGCUGCUCGCCGAGCUCGAAAGUCUUGGUCUCGAAGACGCCUCGGGCGCCGUGCCUCCCUCGACACAGUCUAAGGCUUCGGCACAACCGUCAGCCGCGCCUCAAGACGAGGAUGUGUUGAAGGACCUACAAGCGCAACUCGCGACCAAACCAGCACCGUCUUCAAGACCCAGUACGCCGCGGCUGAGCUCAAGCACAACAUCAGCUGGAACGAAGAGGGCAGAGCACACCCCUACCAGCUCUGGACCGCCUAGUGGCAGGAACAGUGAGGAUCGGCUUCGCAACGCUACGGCGGCUACGAGGACGAGCGGAGAGGGCAGGCCUUACCACCAGAGCUUCACACCGGAGUAUCAACAGCCUCAGUCUCAACCACAGCGUCAUGAGGAGAAGAAGGACGGCGGUGGAGGAUGGUGGGGCAUGCUAUCGGGUGCUGCGUCAGCGGCAGUGAAGCAGGCGGAGAGUCUGGCAAAGGAGAUCAGUGGUAACGAGGAGGCUCAGAAGUGGGCUGAGCAGGUCCGGGGAAACGUGAAGAAUCUACAGUCGCUUGGCACUGACCUACGAUCGCGCGCACUGCCUACCUUCACCUCUCUGCUGUCGCAUAUCGCUCCACCGAUCUCGGCCCACGAACGUUUACAAAUUCAUACGACACACGACAUCCACAACUACCCUUCCCUAGACCCGCUAAUCUACCAGACUUUCUCCCGCAUCAUGGCACAAGUUGAAGGCGGUGAUCUCAUGGUCAUUCAGCGAGGCAGCGAGAAUCGAAGCCGCGCACGUGCAACGUCAGAGCCACAAGGCUACCGUGGCGGUGUGCUGGGCAGCGGCAACAGCUGGACCGACGCGCCAUGGUGGCGAGACGAGCAUGUCAAGCGAAGUCUAGGCGCCGUUUCGGGCUUGAAAGAGGGCACGCGGUUGGUGAGGGUUAGCGCAGAGAGCUAUGCCAAAGACUUCUUCGAGGCUCGUGGUGGAGUUGAGGAGGCAGCGAAGAAAGCUACCGAGACGCUGUCUGAAACCAACCCAGUCCGCUCGAGCGACAUCUUCCUCGCCAUCCAAGCGAUCAGCUACGUGGUAGAGAGGGAAAUGUUCGCGGAUGACGUUCGGAUCGAAGACGAGAAGCCCGCCGUGGUUGAGCCCGAAGCAGAGGAGGAAGAGCUGAUCAGCUUCGCUAUUUACCUCCAUGACCCCAUGCACAGUCUCUCCUUUAGCACGCUCAGCCAGCCCUUCCCGGCCAAGUGGGCGCAGUGGCUUGAUGCGAGCCCGCAGGAGGACGGGCUCCCGGACAGCAUCAUUGAGAUUAUUUCCAGCGGUGGCGUUGAUCCGCGAGAGUGGGUUGCGGAGUGGAUGGAGGAAAUCCUCUCGUUGGGUGUCGGUGUUGUUGCGCAGCGGUAUGUCGCACGGCGGAUGGGCGUAGGUGAAGGUGGGAUUGGAAGGGGGAAGAGGAGGGCGGAGGAGGAGGGAGUCGGUGGGGAAGCUGCGAGGGCGAUUUAA